AUUACAUAAAAUAAAUCCCUUCCCCAUCAUCCCCUUCUUCUUAUUCUGCGGCCCUCUCUGCAAUUCAAUCCAAUAAUGUCUCUCUCCCUCAUCCUCCCCUUCUCCCUCUUCCUCCUCCUCCUCCUCCUCCUCUCGGCAGCUCCGCCGUCCUCCGCCCAGUCCCAGAACUUCUCCUCCCUCACUGCCUCCAACUCCCCGUGGCUGCCCACACAGGACCGGCUCCUCCUCUCCCUAAACUCUGUCUUCGCCGCCGGCUUCCGCCCCUCCCCCUCGGACGCCUACACCUUCUCCGUCUGGUACUACAACAUAUCCCAGACGGCAGUAGUAUGGUCCGUCAGGGCUCAGCUGGGCAGCUCCGCCACCCUGUCCAUCACAGCUGCCGGCCAGCUCGUCCUCACUAAUGGUUCCAGCAGCAGGAACCUGUGGCCGUCGAAUGCCAACGCCAGCCAAGCUAGCUCUGCCAGGCUCGUCCUGAGUGAUGAUGGAAACUUGAUCUUCGCUGAUGUCUGGGAGAGCUUCAAUUUCCCCACCGACACUUUCCUCCCAAACCAGAUCAUGAAUGGGACUAAUCUCACCUCCCCCAAUGGGCGGUUUUCCUUCAAAUCCAACCAGCUUCUUUUCAACAAUACUGAAUCCUAUUGGACUGCUCCCAAUGGCAACGCGUUUGAGAAGCUAAAUGAAACUGGCUUGAUCGUCCAGGAAAGUGGAGGUGCUAUUUAUUCCGCUGAUUUUGGUGAGUCCUGGCUUCGGCGGGUUAGUCUCGGCAAUGAUGGGAACCUCCGACUGUACAGUUACCGCCCCGGCCUUGGCAAGUGGACCAUGGUGUGGCAGUCGAUUCCAGAGCUUUGCAAGAUCCAUGGAACAUGCGGAUCCAACUCAAUCUGCAUGAGCGAUGGUGGGAACUCGACUCACUGUGUCUGCCCGCCUGGAUUCCAGGCGGCAUCCACAGAAAAUUACGAAUGCAAGAGGAAGAUCCCAUUCACAGACCUGGCCAAGACAAAGUUCAUACAGCUUGAUUACGUGAACUUUAGUGGCGGAUCAAAUCAGACUGAUCUUGUGGCCAGGAACUUCUCAGAUUGCCAGGCUCAGUGCCUAACGAAGUCCAACUGUCUCGGUUUCAUGUUCAACUACGAUGGAACUGGGUAUUGCGUGCUGCAACUCGAUCGGUUGCUCUAUGGAUACUGGUCCCCGGGAACGGCAACAGCCAAUGCCAUGUUUCUCCGGGUGGAUAAUGCAGAAACUGAUAAGACGACCUUUACAGGGUUGACGAGUGUGCUCGAGACCACGUGCCCGGUGACCAUUUCCCUGCCUCAGCCGCCCCAAGAGUCAAGCACCACGACCCGGAUGAUAGCCAUAAUAUGCACCCUCUUUGCGGCCGAGUUGAUAUCAGGCAUCGCCUUCUUCUGGGCAUUCCUGAAGAAGUACAUCAAGUACCGGAACAUGGCCCAGACUCUCGGGCUUGAGUUGCUUCCUGCUGGUGGGCCCAAGCGGUUCACCUAUGCAGAGAUCAAGGCUGCCACGAACGGGUUCGCGGACUUGAUAGGGAAGGGUGGCUUUGGGGAUGUGUACAAGGGAGAACUCAGUGACAAGAGAGUUGUCGCUGUCAAGUGCCUGAAGAGCGUUGCUGGUGGGGAUGCCGAGUUCUGGGCAGAGGUUACUAUAAUUGCUAGAAUGCACCAUCUCAAUCUGGUGAGAUUGUGGGGAUUUUGUGCUGAGAAGGGUCAGAGGAUUCUUGUCUAUGAGUAUGUGCCCAAUGGGUCGCUCGAUAAGUACUUGUUCCAGUCCCGUCGGUCUGUGGACGAGGAGGAGAUGGGUGAAGUUGUUGGCCAGAGAAAGCCCGUGCUUGACUGGAGCAUUCGGUACCGAAUCGCCCUGGGCGUGGCUAGAGCCAUUGCGUACCUCCACGAGGAGUGCCUGGAGUGGGUCCUGCACUGUGAUAUCAAGCCCGAGAACAUACUCCUAGGGGACGACUUCUGCCCCAAGAUAUCGGACUUUGGGCUCGCAAAGCUCAGGAAGAAGGAGGACAUGGUUAGCAUGUCCCGGAUCCGGGGGACCCGUGGGUACAUGGCCCCUGAAUGGGCCAAGACCGACCAGAUCACUCCAAAGGCCGAUGUGUACAGCUUUGGGAUGGUGUUGCUGGAGAUCGUGAGUGGGGUCCGGAACUUCGAGAUGCAGGGCUCGCUUGUCGAGAGCGCGGAUUGGUACUUCCCGGGGUGGGCCUUUGACAAGGUGUUCAAAGAGAUGAAGGUGGAGGACAUACUGGACUGCCAGAUAAAGCACGCAUACGAUGAUAAGGUGCACUUCAAACUCGUCGACCGGAUGGUGAAGACAGCGAUGUGGUGCCUCCAGGACCGGCCCGAGCUCAGGCCUUCUAUGGGGAAGGUUGCUAAGAUGAUCGAAGGCACGGUUGAGAUCAUGGAACCGAAGAAGCCCACAAUCUUCUACUUAGGAGACGAGUAGAUAAUUGCUGUAUAUCUUUUCUUUCUUUAUUUUUUUUUCCUCUGAAUAAUAAUGAAGUAAUUACUGUAUAUCUAUGAUUUUUCACCUUCGUCGUAGUGGUGUAUGUUAUGUAAAGCACAAGUGUGACAACCUGAUUACUUGAUUAAUAAAUGAGGUUUCUUCUUUAGUAAUUAAUGAAAAUUGCUUAUGUA